AUGGGAUUCACUGGUGAUAACGGUGGCUUCUCUUUCGGCGGCAGCCCAGCUAGCCCAGGUAGUCCUUCUCAGCCAUCACCCACACAGCCAUCUCCACGUCCUUCUCAUGGCAGGAAACACUCCCACAAGAGGCACUCCUCUGUAUCCACACGUUCCCACUCUAUGCAGCUCAUGUCUGGGAAUGAUAUUCUCGAUAAUGACGACGACGACACGUUUUCUCCGAAAUCAACCGAUGAAUCUGCUCAAAACUAUGAUAUGAAUGAAAGCGGUGGCAGUAUGUCACUGGUUAUGCCUACGACCGCUCAACUGGAGCAAUUGAGUUCGUCUGAAAAUAUUCCUAUUCACCCUACAAGACAUUCACCUAUGUCCAUAUCUCAAAUUCCUCAAUUAGGCGCACUGCUGGAGGAGGAAGAGGAUGAUGAUGGUGGAUCGAAACCGCGCAAUCCGACGAGCUCCUUCAAAAGCUACAAAACCAAGCGCAAUUCUGUAGAUUUGGAUAGUCUGAUGAAGAAUGCUGCACCUCAACGUCCUAUUAGACCUCUAUCGAUGCACAAUCAAAACACUAAAUCUCCUUUCAAUUUUACCAGUAAGGUGUCUCAACCGCCAUCGUUCCAGCGCAGUGGGUCAACCUCAUCGGAAAUGUCGAAUGCAAAUUCGUACUCGCAUUCGCACUCUUCAAUUGCCACAUCAAACUCGCUCAGCUCACCGCUGACGAAUGCGUCGUUUGGGAAGAGUGCUGAUUUUGACUAUGGAGGGAUGCCACCUAUACCUAGCGGGAACAGUAGCAGCAAUGAUGCAAAUACCACGGCGCAUACAGAUAUAAAUGUAAGCAGCGUUAGCACGCCACCUCGUCGCAAAGGCUCGAUACAAUACCGUAGGAGUGACGACAAGAUGGAUGAUCUGGCGGGAGUGGUUGGAAGUGGAAAUGCGAGCAACGGAACCACCAACAAAACACCACCAAAACAACUAAACCUAGUCAACAAAGCACGUUCAGGGUCGAUAAGUUCAAGUGGGUCAACGGAGACGGAGCUAUAUGGAUCACCAUCCACUCGCGCCUUUCUAGAGCAGCAGCUUGCUCAAAUUCACGACGAGCUGGGUGAGUACCGUGAUAAGCACGAAGCGGCAGAGAGGGAGUUGGCGCAAGAGCGGCGAGAGCGGGAGGCUAGUGAGGAGGUCGUGCAGCGAUUGCGAGCUAGAUUGGAUCAGCUACCUUCGAUUCAUGAGCAUACGGCGCAGGUGAAGAUGGUGCGCGAGAUGCGUGAGCAUGUUUUAUUGCUUACGGGAGACCUCGACAAUUGUAGAGAGGCACUUGAUCGCGCACACAGAGAUUUGGAAGAGGCUCGUGUAGACGCUCGCUUUGAGAGGGACUUGCGCUGCCAGAUUGAGGCGGAGCAGCGGGAGGAGUGGGAGGAGUGGGAGCGGGAGCAAGAGGAAAGAAAGAGUGGGCGAGAGGAAGAUCUUUGUGAGAUGCAAGACAAUAGUGAAAAUCACUCACACUCAACCUCACACUCACCUUCACACAUUCACCCUCCAGACGAUGAUGACCGCCCUGUCCGCCCCCAUUCGCUGCUUGUCGAUUGGCGGUUCCCGAUGGCGGCGUACUCUGCGCCAAGUGGGCGGAUCGAGGAAGAAGAGCAGGAGCAGGAGCGGGAGGAGGAGAAGGAGGUAGCGGAGGAGGAAGAGUUACCGGGAGCAGACGGAGUAGAUUUCAACGACGCUUUUGCACACGCCGCCUCCGUAAGUUUCGGUAGGGAUGGGAGUGUAGAUGAUGAAGGCUGCGCUUUGCCUCCUAUUCAUACCCCACCUGCGCAGACUGCGCAGAUGAUGCAAACGGACGUAGUGCAGCGCAGCGGUAGCAACAAGAGCAACAAGAGUAGCGGCAAUGACAGCUACGGGUUCUUCCGCUCACGCUCAAACUCACUCCUCAAUCGCGCUCGCAGCUCAUUCUCACCUUCGACAAAUAAAGAUAAGAAGCCGAGUUGUGUGAGUAGGGAGAGGCAGCUCGAUAGGCUAAGGCAUAGCCAUAACGGGUUUGGCGAGGAAGUCGACCUCUCAAUCGCUUACGCUAAUGGUGAAUAUACAUUGAGUGAAUUAUAG